AUGGACCAGAAUAAAAUCACAAAUGUGCAAGGUGGUAACGCACAAAUUGUCAAGAUUGGAGGGGAGAGGAAACAAACUAGAAGAGCACUUAGCGUGAUUAAUCAGAAUUUAGUCGGAGCUCAUCGAUAUCCUUGUGUUGUUAAUAAGUGUGGAUUAUCAGAGAAAUUUGGUGCUACACAAAUUGGUACCUUACACCAACAUUACCAACAUUACCCUGAGGAAAACAAGAAACCAAAACCAGCAAUUGAAAAUUUUACCAUAUGGAAAGAGCAUGACACAACUGAAGCUCAACCAGUUCCUAUGUGUUUGGAACAACCUGAAACAUUCUCAAAUGACAAGGUCACACAAAUUCAGGAGGAUGAAAUGGAGGAUGUGUUUGAGGAGGCGUUGAUAGAUAUUGACAACGAUGAUGCAAACAACCCGCUUGCUGGUGUUGAAUAUGUGGGAGAUUUGUAUGCCUACUACAGGAAAAUGGAGGUUUAUAGCUGUGUUUCACCAAACUAUAUGGAACAACAGUCUGAGAUUAAUGACAAUAUGAGAGGUGUACUAAUAGACUGGAUCAUUGAGGUACAUGACAAGUUUGAGCUAAAGGAAGAGACAUUAUUCCUUACUGUUAAUUUGUUAGACAGAUUUUUGGAGAAACAAGUUGUUGCCAAAAACAAACUGCAGCUUGUUGGUCUGGUUGCCUUUCUAAUAGCAGGCAAAUACGAGGAAAUUUUGCCCCCUCUUGUGCAUGAAUUGGUGGUUAUUUCGUAUGAAACCUACACCAGAAAAGACGUUCUUGAAAUGGAGAAAUUGAUGCUCAGCACACUGCAGUACAAUAUGUCAUUUCCAACACCAUAUGUUUUUAUGAGAAGAUUUCUCAAGGCUGCUCAAGCUGAUAAGAAGCUAGAGGAAUUGUCUUUCUUCUUAAUGGAGCUUUGUCUGGUGGAAUAUGAGAUGUUGAAGCAUCCACCAUCAUUUAUGGCUGCUGCGGCAAUCUAUACAGCCCAAUGCACGCUUUAUGGCGUCAAGGAAUGGAGUAGAACCUGUGAAUGGCAUACAGGGUAUUCAGAAGAUCAUUCACUUAUGGAAUGUGCAAAAUUGAUAGUGAGCUAUCACGACAAGGCAAAAACAGGGGUGCAUAAUAAGUAUAACAUAUCCAAAUUUGGCUAUGUAGCGAAAGUUGAGCCAGCAUAUUUCCUGGUCCAACACUCAUGA